AUGGUGGUGAAGAUGGAAGGUAGUGGCGGUGGCUAUAUAUUGUGGUUGUGGCGGUGGAGGGUAGCGGCGGUGCUGGUGGCGGCAGUGACGGUGGAGAAAGUGGAGGUGGCAGUGGUAGUAGCAGUUGUGGAAGUCAAUGGUGGUGGUGGUGGUGGCGGCGAUGAAAGUGGUAGUAGUGGUGGAAGUAGUGGCAGUGGUGUGGUGGUGGUGAAAAACGGCGACAAUGGUGGCGGUGGCAAUGACGGUGGUGGCAGUAGUGGUUCGAUGGUGGUGGUGACGAUGGUGGAGGUAGCGAUGGUGGAAGGCAGUGGAGGCGACGACGAUGUGGUGGUUGAAGGCGGUAAUAAUUAUGGAAAUGGCAGUGACGGUGAUGGAAGGGCAAUGAAGGUGGUGGUGGUGAAAGGCAACUGUGGUGUUGGUAGGGUGGAAGGUGAUGGCGGUGGCGGUGGCGGAAGGCAGUGGUAG